GCGCGCUGAUAAAAACGGGGCACUCAGCUAAUUGAGCUAAUUGCGUUUGUUAGACACUGUUUGCACAUGCUGAUUCGCGCGAUGCGCUUUAGUGCGCGCGAGCGAGCGUUCGCUCAUCCUUCUUAUCCCGCUCCGGCUUGCAUCGCAGAACGUGCGAAAAGACCAUCUUCCCCUUCGAAGUUGCAUCGGUUUCUUUUUAUUCCGUCGAAACGUAAAACGACUCAUAUCACACAGCAAUUACCACGAAAUGGCGAUACUUAAUUUUUUUUCCUAAGUAUUGCGUGUGGCGCCGAUACGAUCACGUGCAUGCAACUCAAUGAACGAAGACGAAGUACCGGGAACUUGCAGAAGUUUGUUAGAUUGUCGGUCAUAUAUUUCUUUUACUAAUAAUUGCGAAACGAUACACGAAGAAAAUAUUGUAGUGAAAAUUGUGACCAAGCUUCUUUUGUAAUCUUGGAUCAUACAAAUUACUAUAUAUUUGUUUAACAAUGUUAUACAUGAUUUUAACCACAAAAUUAUUGUAAUUACUUGAAUGUCUGCUGUGUCAUAUUAUAUAAGAUAAAUCGUCAAAUUUACUGUUUCUGUAGAAACUUUUAUUAUUAAAAUUCCGGCAUAAUCCAGCUUUACAGAAAACAUCGUAAAAGAAAGUGUAAUUUUAACGUAAUUUUCACUGCAAUGUUCUCUCUAUGUGUACAUAUCAUGUUUAAUCAGAGCAUCGAUUGUCAUUAUCUAUCACUUCCUGCUACCUUUCAGCUAACUGUCUGACGCCAAGUCUGUAAAAAGUAGUUUAUCUUUAGAGCCAUUGGAAUCGCAUGCGACGAACUUGUGCAAGACUCCAUUAUGUACGUAUGUACAUAUAGCCGAUCGAAGACGCAGCCAACUAAAUGGUUAAUCAAUCAAGCCACGCAACCGAAUGGAAGAACGAGAAACGCAGCUUACGUGUGCGCAUUAUGCAAACCUCGCUUGCAGAUCGCGAGGAGCGCGUGGGAGGUGAGUUAUGACGAGAAAUCGAUGACCGAGGUGCACGAGGCGUCCCCCGCAACAUUUCGUCCGUUUCGUCAUUCCGUCGUGGCACCGAUCGAAAUCCGCGCGGCGAACCAUGUCGACGAGGACCAGACGGCCCAGCGUAUCGAUCUACGAUUAUCCGGAACACCUGAACCCGUUCAACGAGGACAUAACGAACUCGCAGCCGCCGGCGUACCGCGAAGGUAAAACUCCCAAGGAGUCCAGACACAAAUUCUGGACAUUCGGCAGGAGCCGGAAGAAACGGUCCCACAGCUUCUCCAUCAAGUCUACUUGGAAUGGACUGUUCGGAAAGCGCAAGGAAGCCGUGGAACCGAUUGAGAAAAGGUCGACGAUUACAACAGUCUCGACGACGUACAAGAGAGAGUCUUAUGACAAACCGAUAGUCCCUGCACGUCUGUCCAAGGACCAACAGGAAUUCGACGAGGCUCUGGGCACCUUGGCAAGGAGAAGGAAAUAUACAUUAGAUAACAAUGCCUCGAGAUACAACUCGAGUUCCACGGUGAACGGUGAUCCUGCAAGGAUCUACGAUGGAAGCCCACAGGACACCACGACGUCUAUCAUGGGCGAUCUCACCCCGAAACCGCCGGCCAGAAGAUUUGGACAGGUGAGCCCGAGGCCGACGGACAAAAUACCACCGUUGAAUUUUGAGGAGAAACAGUCCAAGGAAAACGGAAACGUCAGCCUUCGCGAUAAAGAAGAAGCGCCAAUUCCACCUUUGCGAAGGUUUGGUAAUAGAUCAUCACAAAGGUUGAAUGGAGGUACGUUGGAAUUGGACGAAGAAGCCAGCCGUUCCGGCGACGUGACUCUGAGAGAUGAAAACGAGAACGUUCCUGAGGAUUACGUUUUUAAGAGAUUCAGCCAAGACGCCGUGAGAAGAUCCAAUCUGUCCAUCAAUAGCUGCGUAUCCGUUACCAGUACGGCGAGUACGUAUGGACGCAAAAAACGGAGAGCGCCGCAACCGCCGCAACGGAAGGAGCAAUUGGAAACUCCUCAGGAAAGCGACGUACGAACUACAGAUGAGGCCACUAACGUCGAGCUGAAGAUAGUCGAGCCUAUCGAUAUCGUCAGAGUGACGGAGAAUAUCGACGAGUUGACAAGGAAGAAUUGCGAAUUAAAGGACGAUAAAUCACUGAUGAACGAAAAUACACCGCGAGAAGAAAAAAAACAGACGGAAUUAUCUCCAAAGAUUACCAAGAGCACAUCGUCCGACGGCAUUGUGAAAAACAUUGCAAUGGACAAUAACGCGAUUGACGACAUGAAAGAGAGAGAGGAUUCAGAAGCAACAAUCGCACAGGGCGCCAACGAAACUUUCGAGAAAAUUGAAAUCGAGACGGUGGAAGAAAAAUCGAACGAGUCAGUAGCCGAAAAAGAUUCCGUCGAGAGGAGAGAUGAUUCCAUCGACGUGGAAUACCAAAGAACAUCGCAGGAGAAGAUCGAGAUCAUUAAAGAUACAAAUGAAGAGGAGGUCUGUCUCAGGAGAAAAGACUCGUCCAGCACGCUGUCCCGUAGCGAUAGUUUCUCUGUUAAAGAAGAAAUCGAGAAGAUUGAAAGGCAGAUCAAAGCUCUGGAGAGCAAGAACGCGUACAAAGAACACGGUGAAGAGGAGGAUAACGCGUUAACAAGUCCCAGACUGUCCAUCCAAGCGAAUCGACGGCACUUCUUCGAGAACAUGGUGUCGAACGGGCAAUCCGGCGUCAAGAUAGAAUUCAAGGAACUGCCGCGCGAACAGAAGGAUUUCCACGUAGUCAGAUUGACGGAUGCGCCGCUACCGGUUGCAGCGCCCCGGGAACCGGUUAAAGUGAUCGAACUGCACAUUUCUGAGCCGAUCAGGCACAAGCCCGAGUUGCUUAACGAGGUGAACCCUAUACCAAAACCUAGACGGCACAGCGCGCUUAGUCUGAACGACGUGUCCGAGUCCACAGCACGCUUGAGGGAAGAUGAAAACGGAAGUCCGGAGCAGAGCGAUAAGAGAGGGAAAUCUUUUUGAAAAAUGAAGGAUUGUACAAGAUCUGUCCACGGAAUUCCCGGUGCAAAUCUACCAUUUCCUCAAUUUCUACGCGCGCACUGAAAGCAUAUCGCAUUUAGCUGUAACUUCGUUGCAACGAGAAUUCGAUACGUAUUGCAGACGAAGUAUCUUACAAAGUUGUACGAUACACUCUGCCACGCGCUUUCGCUCGACGCAUGACAUUUUCUCGCUAGAUUGCAAUGGUUUCGUACUAACGAUACGUCGUAUGUCUCUCAGACGAUAGAAUUCGCACGAUGGAAUUCUAGCAUUUUUUUUUAUUUUGAUCGUCACGAUCAUACGAUGACUUUCGUUUCGAACAUCGUGGACAUUUCACCACAAUGCUUAGAUAUAAUUUUCGUUAUUAUUUAUUGAUACAGAGAAUAAAAUUUAAACUCUAUCAUAGAAA